AUGGCUCUUUCCGAUAAAAGUCAAAAAUCACAAGGGUCAAAAGGACCCCCUGAUAAACCUCGCACAUACACCUCACUUUUUCACGACAAUGAAGUGGUAACCCUUUAUCAACAUGAAAAGACCAACACUCGACAAAUAUGGCGACGUGCAGAACACCCCCAUUCACUUCUUUUUGACUUAUCUCGUACAGCAAUAAGCGAUGAACAAUUUCGACUAGCACUCUAUGAAUCACCUCUCAAAGAUGCUGCUCAUGGCGCCAUCAUCCACAGAUCCCGGAAGCACACCACUGCAGAAGUUACAUUCGAUGAUCAAGAAACUGUUGACAAACUCAAGCAUGAACCCAUCACCAUGAAAGAUGGUACGCAAUUGUUUGGAUCCCUUCCUAUUCCUGAAGAAUGGGAGGUAGUCAAGGUCAAUCUCACGCACAUCCCACUUUACAACCGUACAACUCUAACGCAAGCCCUCAUUGACGCUUUGAAACCUUUCGGCAAUAUCCUUGAGCUUGGCAUUUAUCUUGAACAACACUACUUCACCGGCAAAGGCUUUGUAUAUCUCAACACUAACCCCAAGAACUACACCCUGUCAAAAACUUUUCAUGUACAACCUCAGCAAUUAUCUCAUUCAAUCCCAGUCUCCCGAAAAGAU